GGGAUAUAAACCUGAAGACCGGCUCGCGUGAUGAUCAUCUGAGCUCAAGUCUGCACAGCAUCGCCAGAAACAUCUCGAAGACCGACGUUUCAAAAGCAGACGGCAUCUGAAAAUAACACGCUAUAGCCAGCGAGAGAGAGAAACGCACCAGUAACUCCAACAUGAACGGGCAGAUGAACGGUUUCCACAACUCCCUGAUUGAUGAAGACUGCUUUUUGUUCACGUCGGAGUCUGUCGGUGAAGGACACCCUGAUAAGAUUUGUGACCAGAUCAGUGACGCUGUGUUGGACGCCCACCUCAAACAGGAUCCUGAUGCCAAAGUAGCAUGUGAGACGGUUGCCAAGACCGGAAUGGUCUUACUUGCCGGUGAGAUCACCUCUCGUGCUGUCGUGGAUUAUCAGAAGGUUGUCAGGGACACCAUCAAGCACAUUGGAUACGAUGACUCUUCCAAAGGGUUUGACUUCAAGACCUGCAAUGUGCUUGUGGCUCUUGAGCAGCAGUCACCAGAUAUUGCUCAGGGGGUUCACCUUGACCGCAGUGAAGAGGAUGUUGGAGCUGGAGACCAAGGCUUGAUGUUCGGUUAUGCCACUGAUGAGACCGAGGAGUGUAUGCCUCUCACUAUUGUCCUGGCCCACAAGCUGAACGCUAAAAUGGCUGAACUACGCCGUGACGGCACCCUGUCCUGGCUGCGACCUGAUUCCAAGACCCAGGUGAGAAUGUCAUUGGAAAUCGGUAGCAAAAUACACUAUCCUACAAAGGUUUGGGGUCAGUAA